AGAAGACGAAGAAGAAGGCGACCAUGUUGAUUUAAAGCAAAAAGAAACACAAUAGAGGCGAUUUAUUUCAAGUAAAAAUCUGUUAUUAAAGCGAAUUGUAAAGGAAGCAGUUAAUCAAUCGCACACUGAGUAUCACUUGUAAAAUAUCAAAGAAACUAAGGUUACAAGUUUUGAGUUGUUGGCUGACAUUGAGGAGGCAGCGGGUUGAUCACGGCCACACUCGCACACCGACCUGAAGACCCGUGGUGUCAGGAGAGAGCGGGUCGAACACCUGGAGGAGAAAGAAAAAGAAACACACACUGAGACUCAAAAGGGGUGGAAAGCUUUUGGGCUUUGGACUAGAAAACCCCUUGUAUUUGUGAAUUCAAUUUUUUCACACAGUGGAGUGACAUAUAUCCACACAGUGGAAAUAAACGGAGAGCAUUACGGACUAUGAUUUUGGGGAAACACUUGUACAAAGUUGGACAUCCGUUUUUUCAAGGACAGGGAUAUUGAGCAACUCUAUGGACUCAAAGUGGAAAGAGGAAAUAUUGUUCAAUUUACAAACAGAAGUUCAAGCAUUGAACUAAGAUUAUAGUGAAGAGACUGUUCCCCAAGUUCAGAUUGCCUUAGUUGUUCUAUUUCAGGACUUUAACCGCUUUGAUACUUGUUCACAUAUAAUUUUUCUAUAUUGUGGGCAAGUAUAUUCUUGCAUAUGAAUGCAAAUUUCUCUUCAUUUUGAAGAGCUCUUGUGUAAAAACGUGUUGUUGUUUUUUUUUUUUUUUUUUUGGGUUGUUCUUGUACGUCAGUCACUCUGUUGUUGAAGGGGACCGAACUGCACGUACAUGUGUAUAUGUAAAUACUAUGAAUUGACUUCUGUUGUAAAAGCUUUGGACUUAAAAAGAAUAGAAAAUAUUGUUUGUUAAUGCUUUAUUAAACUUUUUUACUUUUGAAGAGAAUUUUUAAAAAGAGAAACCUAAGAGGCAAAAACCUAAUACUUUUGAAGAAGAAGGAAAACAGGAAAAAUGGCAACGGCCAGAACAGAAAACAUUGGCCCAGUUGUCAUGGGACUGAACAAGCAGAAUGGGCAGCUCAGAGGACAGACUAAACCAGCGUCGGUCCAGCCAGCCCCCACAACUCAAGGAAAGACUUUGGGUGCACCCCAGAUAGCAGGCGGUGCCGCUCAGGAUGGAGGAGGCAUCAAGUUUGGAGAUGACUGGAAAAAGAGCCUAAAGCUCCCUCCCAAAGACACCAGGGUCAAAACUUCAGAUGUGACGUCCACCAAGGGGAAUGAAUUUGAAGAUUACUGUCUCAAGAGAGAGCUCCUGAUGGGCAUCUUUGAGAUGGGUUGGGAGAAACCUUCCCCUAUCCAGGAGGAGAGCAUUCCCAUCGCCCUGUCUGGACGGGAUAUUCUGGCUCGGGCUAAGAAUGGAACAGGGAAAAGUGGAGCCUAUCUCAUUCCACUGCUGGAGAGAAUAGACCUGAAAAAGGACCACAUACAGGCACUUGUCAUGGUGCCCACCCGUGAGCUGGCACUGCAGGUAAGCCAGAUCUCCAUCCAGAUCAGCAAACACCUGGGGGGAGUCAAAGUCAUGGCCACCACCGGGGGCACCAACCUGCGAGAUGACAUCAUGCGUCUGGAUGAGACUGUGCAUGUGGUCAUCGCCACGCCUGGUAGGAUCCUGGACUUGAUAAAAAAGGGAGUGGCAAAAGUGGAUAGAGUCCAGAUGAUGGUGAUGGAUGAGGCGGAUAAGCUGCUGUCUCAGGAUUUUGUGGUGCUCAUCGAGGAUAUCAUCAGCUUCCUGGCCAAGAACAGGCAGAUCCUGCUCUACUCUGCAACCUUCCCAAUCAGCGUGCAGAAGUUCAUGGCCAAGCACCUUCAGAAACCCUAUGAGAUAAACCUGAUGGAGGAGCUGACUCUGAAGGGCAUUACUCAAUACUAUGCCUACGUCACAGAGAGGCAAAAAGUCCACUGCCUCAACACACUGUUCUCCAGGCUUCAGAUCAACCAGUCGAUUAUCUUCUGUAACUCCACUCAGAGGGUGGAGCUCUUGGCCAAGAAGAUCACUCAGCUGGGCUACUCUUGCUUCUACAUCCAUGCUAAAAUGAUGCAGGAAUACAGAAACAGAGUGUUCCAUGACUUCAGAAAUGGACUAUGCAGAAACCUGGUCUGCACUGAUCUCUUCACCAGGGGUAUUGACAUCCAGGCUGUUAACGUAGUCAUCAACUUCGACUUCCCCAAAAAUGCUGAGACUUACCUCCAUCGUAUUGGAAGAUCAGGGAGGUUCGGUCACCUUGGCUUGGCCAUCAACCUGAUCACAUCGGAGGACCGCUUCAACCUGAAGGCCAUCGAAGACCAGCUGGUGACCGACAUCAAGCCCAUUCCCAGCAGCAUCGACAAGAGCCUCUACGUGGCCGAGUUCCACGCGUCCGGCGCCGACUGUGAUGUGGAGGAGAUUGAGGAGAAACCAGGACGCAAACAGGACAGCACCUAAACCAGGACACACCGGGCUUUUGCACAGACAUCAGCGCUUGCACACAGGCUUCAGGCAACUCUUCAGUUUUACAUUUCUCACUUGUUUUCAGAGCCUGUUGAAUGGAUGUAAAGGCUGUUUUUUAUUUUUUAUUUUUAAGCAUUUCCCUACCUGUUCCUCAAAGAAAGCUGCCUCAUUCUUUUUUUUUUUUUUUUUUUUUAUUAAUUAAGAAACUAUAUUGUUUUGCACCAAACUCAGAAUGGACCAAAUGCAUCCUGCGUAUAUGAGCAAAGCAUAUUUUUUGUAGGAUUUAUCUUGGUUAGACAGCACUUGCUGUUGAAACACAGACCGCAGAGCAAAUGUGUAUCAAAGCUGUUUUGAACCGGUCGUUCUUGGAAAAAGUUUUCAUUAUCCGCAGCGAGGUCGCUCUCUUGCUACUGUAACAAUGGUGCACUUACACCAGCCAUCGUUUUGUCCACUUACACUGUUGUUGUCACUAAGUGCCUUACUUACUGCCAUGUGCACUCAUCCAUUCAUAGCCUGCUGUCUUCUGUCAUGCAGCAGAGUACGAGCACAAAUAUGGUGAAUUUAAUAGUAACCCUAGUUUAUUUAAACAUCCAUUAUGCAAGGAAAAAAGACAACAAUCGCACACCCUCUCCUGCUGAGAGAUGUGUUGAAACACGGCUCAAACUCCUAAAAAACCAUCCUGAAUGUGAACGUUUAUUUUUAAUGUGAACAUUGCAAUAAAAAAAAAAAGGGCAGCUUUAUUUAAAUACUGCGUGACUGUUUCUCCCUUUUACUAUGAAUAAUAUAUGAGCAGAGUUAAUACGAUAAGACGGCUAAAGACACAAGCCCCCAUACUGAUUCAUGGAUGUUAGCCUGCAACCACGCAAACAGCACGGGAGAUGCUGGUGAGUUUGCCUGCAGACCGCUUUAGUUUGGAAGUUCUUUUACAUUAAAAUAAUCCUAUUGGGCUGGUGAAUACUCUAAACCCAUCGGCCACUGAAGCUGGUAGAUGAAGAAGACGUUUCCACUCCUGCAUGCUGCAACAGCAAAGGACUAAUGCAUCAGAGGCUGGUUCAGAACAGUUUUUAUAGCAACAUUUGCCAUUACCAAGCUGAUACACAAUUAAGUAUCAACAGGUCCAAGGGAUACAUUGUUUUUGUAGAAGUUGGUGCAAAACUAUAGUUUGAAUUUCCUGCUGUUUUCCUUCCCCUAGAUUCAGUUAUAUUGUGUGGAAUUAGUUACAGGAGCAAAUCCAAGGUAAAACUCUUCUCUUAUUUAUUUUUUUUAAACCCCCAAACGUGACAAAAUGGAAGUUGGUGAAUGUAUUAGUUGCCAAUGUGAACAUUCUCUAGCCCAGUGGUGGAUUGCCAAGCUCUUGCAUCUGUAUUGCUGCUGUUGCAUUAGAAACUCCUCUUCAGGCUUUGCUUUUAUGAAAUGAUGUACUGGAUGUGAAAUGGUGUCGCCGACUACAAGGUGAUGAACCUGCUCGGUCUGUAGAGGAGCACAUUGACCUUCAGUUGAACCACGACUCAAAUUUAGAAAAGUUUUCUUUUUGCCGCAGCAAAGAUCUUUUUUUUAUUUUAUUUUUUUUCCCCUUUUCUUCCUCCCCAUCACAGCUGUGUUUUAUAAUAACAACAAUGGGAGGGGGGGGGCUUUGUGUUUUGAAAGCAAAAUUGUAGCAUCUCUGAACAGGCAGCUGUGACUUGUUUUUGUCCUCCCGUUUUACAGAGCAUCACUUACGAUAGAAAAAAGACAUAAAAAAGAAAGUAUUUUUGCUUUUAAGAUUUAUUUUUGAUGUUGCUUAAAGCAGUUUGAAGAGGGGAGGGACGGGACUGUGAGGCUUUAACGUGAAGGUUUUGUGGGUGGGUUUGCAGAAGCCAAGGUCGUGUUUUUUUUUUUUUUUUUUUUUUUUAAGAUUCUUUUUGGGCAUCUUGAAUCUUUCCUUCUCUGGUACUUAAAGCAAAGACAAAAGCUUUGAUUUAAAGUUGUUUUCCCUGAAAAGUCCACCAUACUUGUUUUCUUAGUGUUUUAAGUACCAGAGCGAGUGCGGAGUUCUACGGAGAGAGUUUCUGGGAAUCGUCGGAGCGCUGAUCCUCGAGAGCCACCGUGUGUUUGUGUGACCGCGAUCAAAGUGCUUUGAUUAGUUUCCAGCAACUCAAUCCAUUUUCCACGAGGGCAAUCUAUAUACGAGGUGUUAUGAAUCAUUUUGAGGACACAAAAUUGUAAAUGAUUCAUUGUUUACACUAGUCGUUUACAAUUACAAAAAAGAAAAUACUUUGCUUCAUGAGUGGAGGAGGUUGACAUUUUUGUUCCUUUUUUUUUCUUUUCUCUUGAAAUAGAUUUUCAGGAUUUACAUUGAAGCAAAACCAAAGUGUGUGUGUGGCUGUGUGGCUGUGUGUGUAUGCGGCUGUGUGUGUGUGUGUGUAGGGCUGUGUGUGUGUGUGUGUAGGGCUGUGUGUGUGGCUGUCUGUGGCUGUGUGUUUGAAUAAGGGAGAGAGUGUGAGCUGUAUGUUUGAAGCUGUGAGAGUUUUUGUUAAGAAUCCUUACAUUUACAUGCAGCUUCAACUGAACCAGAAAAUUGGAUAGGUUUGGAGAAACGGGAGCCAACUAGUUACUCGUGUGGAUGUGAAUAAUUUGGAAUAAGAAUAAAACUGCCGUUAACAGUGAGGCUGCAUGUAAGCGUAAUUGAUGUCCUUUUUUUCUGUGUUUUCAUGUGCAGACUCGUCGUCUUGUGUUUUUGUUGGCGGUCUACGAUGUCUUAAAUAUCAGUAUGGCUGUUUACGGUUGUCAGGGAUGUGUUUAUUAGUUUUUUCUUUACCAUCUUUAUCGUCCUCCAGGAGCUCAAGUUUGUGGACUUAAAUCUAAUUUCUUAUGACAAAUUUCCACUUUUCUGUUCUUUAUCUAUGUUUUUAUGUCCCUGACAGUCAUUCCAUGAUCUCUUUUGUGACCCAAAUAACAGCAAAGCUUGCGCAUUUAUAGCUGAAUCUAUCAAGACUUGGUAGGGAUGUUUUUUUGAAAAAGCCACCUGGCUAUUGUCAAAUAUUAGAUGUCAUCCCAGACUUUUGCCUGGAAUUGGCACCCAAAUCUCUAAACUCCUAAAAAGAAAAAGUAGCCUAAUUUACAACUUCAUUCAACUUUUUGUAGCUCCAGCCAUAUGUUCUAUUUGUUAGAACAACCGUUAUGUCAUACACAAUCCAACGGAUGACUGCAGCUAUGAAAAUCAAGACCGGAGUUGAAAUAAAAUGUAGUAAACUUGUGCAUCAGUGGCCACAAAGGAGGUGAUGAUGAAUGCCGUUGAUGACUGUUGAGUGAUUCUGUUAAUUUUUUCUCAUCUGGUGUUAAGACGUCUUUGUCUGUCUGUCUGUCUGUCUGUCUGUCUGUGUGUGUGCGCACUCUGGCCUGUGGAGUCAGGAGUGCUGACAGGAGUGGGAGGGAUAUUUGUCAAAAUUGGUUAAAAAGGGUAACUGUUACAAAAAUGAAAUGGUGGGGAUUUGGGUAAAAAGGCAGUUUUGGGAUUCUUUACAUUCUAAAUUGGUGGAAAUAAAAACAAACGGUAAUCGUCUUGACUUAAAACUAGUAUUAAUGGCGGAACUGCCCCUAAUAUCUAUACUGUGCAUAGCUCAAUUUAAUUGGAUCUCUUAAUUUGCUGCACUAAUGUAGACUCACCCACGCGUCAGGCCAUUUCAGCCAAAUGUAAUGAACUCAGCAGAAUUGAUGUAGAAAGCUGAGGGAUAAGUCACAGUAGUAUUUCCCCUGCAACAUAGACCGGAAACAGUGGUGUUAAGACUCUAAAUUGGCUCUCAAAUUGUUUUGUGUUUUAAUGUAGCUGAGGAAAAAGUUGUAAUGGCAGGAUUUUCUUUACAACAUGAAUAGGAAGGAGUGGUAAUACAUUGAUUCUAAAUUGGCUCGCAAAAAUGUUGGUUCAUUCGAUGACUCAUUCUUAAACAUUUUCUUUAUAAAAAAACAACCCUUUUUGAGUUGUUCAGUCUUCUCUGUUCUUACUGGUACCUUGGUGGCCCUGCUUCUCCUAAAACAAUCAUCAGCACCAUGUUCAAGUGAGUAACAUCAUUUUGGACUUCAAUUGUAUUAACUUAAAACCAGACUCCGUGUUUAUUUAUCCCGUUAUUUCCUUUUCAUACCAUUAGACUAAAACUUGGGUGGUACCAGAAAAAAAAAUGUUUGCUUUCAUUCCUUACAAAAUGCAUCAAAGACGUACUAGGUAUUUUAAAGAGUGCUGAUCACUCUGUCCUCUACUGUUGUAAUGUGGAAAUACAUGCAGGGGUACUACAAUUCAAUAAAUUGAACUGAAAUUUA